AUGAAAGUAGUUCUUACAGGCGUCUAAGAACCUUCUCUGGAGUCCAUCCUACUCCGCCUGGAGAAGACAAUUUAGACAGUUGGCUAGAACAAGCAAAAUUCAUGAGUGAAGAAUAUGAAUGGUCAGACAAAGAAAAGCGCCGGAGGAUUAUUGAGAGUCUCAAAGGACCAGCUUUGGAGAUAAUACAAGCAGUACGAUUGUCCAAUCCCAAUGCCAGCCAUAUAGAUUAUAUACAGGCAUUAGAAAGUACAUUUGGAACCUCAGAAUCCGGAGAAGAACUGUACUUCACAUUCAGAUCCAUGCACCAAAGACAACAUGAGUGCUUGUCGGAUUUUUUGCUGAGAUUGGAAAGAACGCUAAAUAAAGUGCUUCAAAAAGGAGGCUUAACAGUAAGUGAAGCCAAUAAAGCAAGGUUAGAGCAACUCAUUAAAGGUGCAACUGAAUCUGAUCUCAUGAUUCUUCAGCUAAAUCUAAGAGAUAGGCGAAGUGACCCACCAUCAUUUCUAAACCUACUGAAAGAGAUUCGUGAAGAAGAGGAGCGUGAAGCAGCCAGACAAAAAUUUAAAAAACCAGCACAAAGACAGUAUGUGCAUGCAGUGAAGACCAUAAGUGAGACAGAAUCGAAAGGGUGUCAGCAAGUUGAUCUUCAGUCUGAAGUUCAAGAGCUAAAAGCAAAGCUUAAAGAGCUUAACAAGCAGUCUAAGCCCACAGAGUCAAGUCAAAAGAAAGAGUUCAGAGAACAGAAAAAAGACAAAUCAGACGCAAACAAAGAAGUGCAACAGUUAAGGAAAGAAGUUUCAGAGUUAAAAACACAGUUAAGUGUAAUGUCAGUAAAGCCAAAGCAAUAUGCAAAAGACCAAGGCCCCUACCGCAAGUUCAAAGCAGACUUCAGUCCAAAGUCACCUUCCUAUAAUUCAAAGAGUAGCAAAGGUGGAGAUUAUUUUUGCUACAGGUGUGGAGAAAACGGGCAUUUUGCAAAUAAAUGCACAGCUCCGGAAAAUGCUCAAAAGGUGAUCAAAAAGCUAAUUCAUCAGGUACAUGGAAGUAAAGAUGGACAAAAUAAAAGUACAGAGGAUCAAGAUCAGUGUGUCGCUCAUGUCAAUACCGCCAGUGUCCCGACUCAAAAUGCAGACAUACCUGAAGGUCUAAUUGGUCCCUCAUCGAUCGCACCUAUUAAAGUUAAUAACAUCUCCUGCAACGGACUUAUGGAUUCUGGGUCAACAGUGACAAUCAUCUUUGAGGACUGGUAUAACGCCAACAUACCAACAGUUCCAAUACAUCCUAUUUCCAGUCUAGCUAUCUGGGGUUUAUCAGCUGAGUCUUAUCCAUACUGUGGGUAUGUAAUAGUAGACAUGGAAUUCCCUGAGGAUGUAGUAGGCGUUAAAGGGCCACUUAACGUCCUUGCUCUCAUCUGUCCUGAGCCCCCACAAGGUCAUGAAACCCCUGUAGUGGUGGGUACAAAUGCUUUCCUGUUCCGCCGUCUAUUCCAGUUGUAUAAAGAAAGCGGUAGUGAUUGUAAAGUCAGCUCCAUGAAAAUACAAGCAGUUUAUGACCAAAUCCAAACUCAGUCUUUGAAGUCCCAUGCAGCAGACAAUCCCAUAGGACAAGUGAAAUGGCAAGGUCCAGGGCCACUUACCAUUGCUGCUAAUGAAAAGUUCUAUGCCACUUGCAAAGUAGAGCAGAAAGCUACCAAGUCUCACAAUUUCAUCGUUGUUGAGGCACCAGCUAUGUCGCAAUUACCAUCUGGCGUGCUAGUGCAGCCAAGUGUUCUCCCAGAGAGUGACAUAGAUGAGAACAGUUUCACAGUUCUAUUGCAUAAUGAGUCACAGAAACCUACCUCUAUCCAAGUUGGCACAGUUCUCGCUGAGAUGCAUGAAGUAGACAUAGUCACUGACCCUAAAGCUCUAGAGCCUGAGACUAGUACUUUAGAUCCCAAACUCUUUGAUUUUGGUGAUUCACCGGUCCCCAAAGAGUGGAAGGAAAGGUUACAGCAAAAGCUAGCUCAGAGGCGAAAUGUUUUCUCUCUAGGUGAAUGGGACGUGGGUUUAGCUAAGAAUGUAGAACACCACAUCCGCCUUAGUGACUUUACUCCCUUUAGAGAACGAUCACGUCGUUUAGCUCCAGCAGACAUUGAAGAUGUGCGACAACACUUACAACAGUUGUUAGCUGCGGGUAUCAUUAAAGAGUCGCGUAGCCCAUUUGCUUCACCUAUUGUAGUUGUACGGAAAAAGAAUGGUUCAGUUAGAAUCUGCAUUGACUACAGGACUUUGAACAGUCGUACCAUCCCAGACCAGUACACCAUCCCUCGUAUUGACGAUGCCUUGGAUUGUCUCACAGGCAGCAAAUGGUUUUCAGUCCUUGAUCUUAGGAGUGGAUAUUAUCAAAUUUCCAUGUCCGAGCAAGAUAAGGAGAAGACUGCAUUUAUCUGCCCUCUUGGGUUCUACCAAUUGGAAAGAAUGCCGCAAGGUAUCACUGGAGCACCUGCCACUUUUCAGCGGCUUAUGGAGAAAGCUGUGGGGGAUAUGCACCUUCUCCAAGUGAUAGUGUACCUCGACGACAUAAUUGUUUUUGGCAGAACACUUGAAGAACAUGAGCAACGUCUCCUUAAAGUCUUAGAUCGCCUUGAGGAAUUUGGUCUGAAAGUGUUGAUAGACAAAUGUCAGUUCUGUCAGUCCCAACAUUCGCAGAUCCCACCAAACCGUAUGUCCUGCAUGUGGAUGCGAGCAUGA